AUUACCUCUGCCCACACUGGUGAGGGUGGAAGACAGUUUGCAUUCACAGAAAUCAGUAACCCAUCUGCUAUCUCUUCUCAAUAUUCACCAUCUGCGAGGGCCUUUGAGCAGUCUGAUAUUCGAUGCAAUUGUGGACUUCAUCUUGCAGCAGCGUGUGCAGGUAGUCCUCCGGUGAAAAUCUCUUGCAUUUCUUGUGCUAGGAAAAAUUUCGAGAUUGUUAGAGAACUGGGAAAAAAUCAAUAUUCACUUGUGAUUGUGGACGACAGUAUGGUGGUAUCAGCAUGCUUCCCAUCAAAUCGAGUUUACGAAUCAUGCCACAUCAUUUGCGAUGCUGCUAUCAAACCAACUAUGGUCCCCAAGCGUCUGACUGCAAACAUUCAACCUGAUGAAAUGAGGCUGGUUGUCAGAUGUGCAAUUUGUCGUAAUGAAAUAACAUCGGAUGAUCUCUUCUCAUCGAUUCGUACAAGCACCUCAAGUCUGCUGGGAGGGAGAGGAGUAGCAGCAGUGAGAGGUAGUGGAAUCCACGAAAUCGCUGAUGCCUACGCACGAAUUUGCAAAGAAGCUGAUCAGUCUGAUGGAGUAAAAGCUAAUUUGUACUUAAUGUUGAGGGGUAAUAAAAUCAUCCAGGCUAUCAUCGAUGACUCUUUGAAGGAGAGGAAAAUUGAAGAAGUUGGUUAUUUUGCAGAAAGCAAGGAGAUUUUAGAGGUUGUAUCUGCAAAUGAGAAAACUCUGAAGAAGGCGAGAAAUGGUGACUAG